AUGGCACGAGGGCCCGGAAAGGCCCGCGACUUCGAUUACUCCAACGUGGGAACGACGGGAAGACGCACCGGUAUCUCUCUCAAAGAGGGGCGACGCGAUGAGCAUGGAAUGGAAGAAGUGGACGGCCUCUUCUCUUCACCCGAGAAGUCGCCAGCUGCACUCCCUGCGUUUGAGGAGAAUGCAUCCUCAACUGGUUCUGAUGAAAUGUCAAUGGAUGAAGGCAAUGCGCCGGAUCCCAUGGACUUCCUCAAGAGUGCCAAUGGCCCACGAACCUCUUUUCUUUCCCCGUCCGCUGCGCGGUCGCCAAUGAAAUCUGGCCUCAAUGGGCCCCCCAGAGGGCCAGUAUUCCGAUCAACCCCGGAGCUGCAGGAUAUUCACGAGUCCUCAAGUCCGUAUGAUGACAAUGGCUCAGCUGGUGAGCAGGAAAACUCGCCCCCGGAUCCCUCUCCUCUAUCAACACGCUCCGUAAAUGCGGGACGAUUCAACCAGAAGAAUGGCACAUGGAAGACAAAAGCUCAAUUGGCUGCAGAGUCCGAACCUUCGGUGCUACCUGACUUUUCUGAUGGCGAGGGCGACGAGAACGACGAGAACUCAGGUGCUGCUGCCCGCUUACAGCAAGAGUCUGGUGACUUGGACGAUUCUCGGGCUGAUGCAGAGGAGUUUACGGAUCUUCUGGAACAUACCCAGAAUGGACAUGAAGACGCUUCUAUGACUGACACGACUCCACCCAGAACAAACGAGACUACAAUCUCAAAGGCGAAUAAGGGCCCUGCAAAGACCGCCAAAACAGAUAAACCUCCAGCCAAACCCCGCGGACGUCCUCCGAAAUCUCAGCGCCGCGACAAUGAUGGAGAUGCCGACAGCAGACCAACCAAGAAACGAAUGACCGCCAAAGUGGCACCGGUUGCGCGCGAACCGUUGGAGCCAGAACUAGAUCGCGUGGUGGACAAUUACGCCAACCGUACUGGUCCUUUGAAGGGCCGGAGUUUAUACAUUCUCAAGCGCGAAAACCCUGAGGAUACCAGUGCAACGCAUACUCGAUCCGGGCGGGUUUCUGUUCGUCCUCUGGCGUACUGGCGCAAUGAACGUUGUGUCUUUGGUGAUGGCGAGGUUGCAGAGGGACAUCGCUAUCCCCUUUCAACCAUCAAAGAAGUCAUUCGCACCGAAGAGCAAGAGCCUGAAAGGAAACAGAGAUCUAAGCGCGGUCGAAAAUCCAAGUCGAAGAAGUCAAUGAACGACUCCUCUGAUGAAGAAGAUGAGGAUGCUGAUCUAUGGGAACAAGAAGGUGGUGUUCUUCAUGGCUAUGUCCAAAUGUGGGACCCAAAAACGCAGGCUGUGUCAAAGGAAGAGGAAGUUUUGGACGUUGCAUAUGCUCCUUCUGGUAUCGAAACACGAGAGGUCAAAGGCUCAUCAUUUCGAUUUGCAAAACUUCUCAGUGGAACGUUCAUUGGUUCUGGGGUCGUGGAGCUUCCACCUAAAGGGGUGAAGAAACCGAAAAACUCGAAGAGGAUGCACAUGGUAUUCUACGUAUGUCACGGACGCGUACAAGUAGACAUUUCAGGGAUCCAGUUCAGUGCUGGCAAGGGCUGCGUUUUCCAAGUUCCUCGUGGCAACUAUUAUAGCUUUGCAAAUAUCCACAGCAAAGAAGUACGACUGUUCUUCACCCAGGGACAGCUCCCCGAGGAGGAAGACGAGAACGACACGCAGCCCACUACUCCAGAAGUUGGUACCGAGAGCGAGAAUGAGACUGAGACAGCAUCAGCUGCUCCUGCUUCUCGCUCUGUUAAGAAGGCCAAAGGACGCCCUCGAAGCAAGAAAAACGACAAGCCUCCAACUGCCGAGGCUGGCAGUGAGAGCGAGAAUGAAGCUGAAUCCGCAUCCGCAGCUCCUACUUCUCCCCCUGUUAAGAGGGCCAAAGGACGUCCCAGGGGCAAGAAGAACAACAAGCCUCCCACUCCUGAAGCUGGUACUGAGAGCGAGAACGAGGCUGAAUCCGCAUCUGCUGCUCCUGCUUCUCCUCCUGUCAAAAAGGGUAAGGGACGCCCUAGGGGCAAGCAGAAAAAGACUAGCCCGCCAUGA